CAGAUGAAUUGAAUUCUUCUAAGUCUAACGAGGAGGACUCAUCUUCUGCCAUAGAGGAGGCGGUUCAGGCGGUACAACAGAAAAAACGGUUAGAAGAAGAACAAGAGAAAAUCGCUGAGGAACAGAGAAUCGCUGAGGAGCAGAGAAUCGCCGAGGAACAAAGAAUCGCCGAAGAACAGAGAAUCGCUGAGGAACAGAGAAUUAGAGAGGAAAAGAAAAUCGCCGAGGAACAGAGGAUCGCAGAGGAAAAGAAAAUCGCCGAGGAACACAAAAUCGCAGAAGAAAAAAGAAUUGCAGAGGAAAACAGAAUUGCAGAGGAAAAAAGAAUUGCAGAAGAAAAGAGAAUCGCAGAGGAGAGAAGAGCAGCAAAAGAGAAGAAAGAAGCCGAGGAAAGAAGGGAAGAAAAAGAAGAACGUAAAAGGAAGGAAGAGAAAAGACUAGCUAAAGAAAAACAAGAAAGCGAAGAGAGAAGAAAAGAAGAAGAAAGAAGAGCAAAAGAGAAACAAGCCGCUAAAGAAAAAAGAGAAGCAGAUGAGAAAAAAGAAGCAGAGGAGAAAAGGCUACAAAAGGAAAAAAAGAAAAAAGAGGAAGAAAGGAUUGCCAAGGAAAGGGAAGCGGAAAGGACUAUACAGAGGGAAGAGGAAGAGAAGCAAAAAGAACAGAAAAGAAAGGAAGAGAAGAGAAGAUUAGAACAGGAAACGCAAGAAACUGAAGAAAGACAGCGAAAGGAAAAAGAAAAUGAACAAGAUCGAGCAAACAAACGAAAACUCGAAGAAGUAGAAAAGGAAAAUGAUAACGAGGAUAAAGAACAAAAACUGAAAGAAGAAUUAUUAAAGAGACUCCGAGAACAGAAGGAUAAGAAGAAGGAGGAGGAGAAGGAGAAGGACAAGGGACCGAUAGAUGUUUCUCUCGUCAUGGAGAUUGAUCAAGACGAUCUUGAUCUUGAUUCAACCAAGGAGAAGAUUGAAAAGGUUGAACCCGAGGUUGUAGCAACUCCGGGUCAAGUGACCUCCCUCCGGAGGCUGGGGGGAGUUCGAGGCGGUGAGGGGGAGAAGAAAAAGCGAGGCUGGGGAGCCUCGAGAACCUCGAGGUUAAGCUCCUCUGAGAAUAUUGAAAUUACAAGCAAUUCCUUAAAGGAUAUAGUUCCCGAUAUAGCGCCACUACUCAGUACAGAUGUUGUUAUCGAAGAGGAACCUGAGAAGAACGGAAAGAACAGUAUCGACAGCGACGACGAAAUGUGUCCGACCCUUCCUAAAGAAAAGCUUCUUGAACUUGAAGAAAAGAAGACUGUCCAGAGAAAGAGAAUAAAAAUGGAAGAUGACCCAGCAGAGAGUAAUAUAAUCAUUGUGUACAACCUCGCUCGCCCCUUCACCGAACAUCAAUUUAAAGAAGUUCUCAAGAGAACUGGAACCGUCCAAGACUUCUGGAUAAAUAAAAUCAAGAGCAAAUCCUGCGUCAAGUUUGCCACCGUGGACCAGGCCAGUGAAACUCGAAUGGCCCUGAAUGGCGUUACCUGGCCGAUGGACAAUAAAAACCCACUCAUCGUCACAUUCGGUACAGAGGAGGAGAUGCUCAAGCUCAAGGACAGCGUCGAGGAACCGGUCCGGAUAGUGACCAGCAACGGGUUGAAGGGGGAUAGGGAGUGGGACCGGGAGAAGGUUGACCGGGAGGACCGAAGAAGGAGAGAGAGGAGCGUCACACCGGAGAAAACUAUGCCGACCAAAUCCUUGGAGGAAUUGUUUAAUAAAACCAAGGCGCUGCCCGCCGUCUACUGGAAACCACUAUCGGAGGAGACGAUUAGGAAGAAGGAGGAGGCCCGGAAGAGAAGAGCGAUGGCUUCACAGAAGAAGAAAAGUCGAAGUCGGAGUUAGGUUUCAAACUGGCAUUUAAAUCCCGCGAAAUGUUCUUUCUAUUCUUUUUAAACUCAUAUUUCAUGUUUCUUCAAUCGACUAAUUUAUGUUGAUUUAAAAAGUACGUGAAGGUUUUUACUUAAAGUACAUAGCUUUUGUACUGAGUACUUUUUUUCCGAUUUAUAUACAAAGUUUGUGUACUAUGUACAAAGUUUGUGUACUAUGUAUAAAGUGUGUGAACUAUGUACAAAGUUUGUGUACUAUGUACAUACGUUAGGUACAGAGUAUAUAUGUUUUGUACUGAGUACAUAUUUUCUAGUUUAUGAACAAAGUACAUGGUAUGUGUACUGGGUACAAGGUUGUCUACUGGUUAAAUAGAUUGGAGGGUGGGUGCUGAUUGCUGAUUCAUAUAGGUUGUUGGUUUAAGUCAAAACUGCGUAUUGAGUACAUAGUUUAGUUCUUUUUUAGCACAUAUGUUUUGUACUAAACAGAAAGCACAUAUGUUUUGUAUUUAGUACAUGAAUUGAAUAUUGCAUUGGUACUGGGCUAUGUUUUUUUUACCAAGUACAUAUGUAUUGUACAAAGUACAUAGGUUAUGCACUAAGUACAACGGCUGUGUACUAACUAAAGGUGCAUGCCACAAGUUUCGAUGUUUCGAGUUCAUAAUUCUUGUUUAACUUAAAUUUUGUUGUUAUUUUUAUUUCUUCAUUUCUCAAGUAUCGCUUUCAGCGAAUUAAACGAAAACUUUUCAUCUACUUUUUACUGGUCGUGAUGAAAGAAGGAAAAUUGUUUGUGAUUUAAUUUUGAAUACAUGUACGAUCCAUAUACCAUACAAAUAUACACAAAUGUUUCAUUUUUGCCAAGGUCCCAGAAAAUUGUUUUCA